UGACCUGAUAAUAGUCAUAGGCCACAGUGAAUUCUUUCCCUUGAAAAUAUUUAAAGCUGGAGAUACAAAUCAAGACGGACAGCUAGAUUUUGAAGAAUUUAUGCAGUAUCUUAAAGACCAUGAGAAGAAGAUGAAACUGGCAUUUAAGAGCUUGGACAAAAACAAUGAUGGGAAGAUUGAAGCAUCAGAGGUUGUCCAGUCCCUCAAGAUACUGGGUAUAAGCAUUUCAGAAAAACAGGCAGAAAAGAUCCUGCAAAGUAUUGAUGCUGAUGGGACAAUGACAGUAGACUGGAAUGAGUGGAGAGAUCAUUUUAUGUUUAACCCAGCUACAGACAUUGAGGAAAUAGUUCGAUAUUGGAAACAUUCCACUGUGUUGGAUAUAGGAGAUAGUUUGACUGUUCCAGAUGAGUUCACGGAUGAAGAGAAGAAGACUGGACAGUGGUGGAAGCAGCUGUUGGCAGGAGGAGUGGCUGGUGCUGUCUCUCGAACAGGUACAGCACCAUUAGAUCGCCUUAAAGUGAUGAUGCAGGUUCAUGGUUCAAAGUCAAACAAAAUGAACAUAGCCAGUGGUUUUAAGCAAAUGUUGAAAGAAGGUGGUAUCCGAUCCCUCUGGAGGGGAAAUGGUGUAAAUGUUGUGAAAAUAGCUCCUGAAACAGCUAUUAAAUUCUGGGCUUAUGAGCAGUAUAAGAAGAUACUCACAAAGGAUGAUGGAAAGUUAGGCACUGUUGAAAGAUUUGUAUCUGGUUCUUUGGCUGGAGCAACAGCACAAACCUCCAUUUAUCCCAUGGAGGUUUUAAAGACCAGAUUGGCUGUGGGUAAAACAGGGCAGUAUUCUGGGAUGUUUGACUGUGCUAAGAAGAUCUUAAAAAGAGAAGGUGUAAAGGCCUUCUACAAAGGUUAUAUUCCUAAUAUUCUGGGUAUAAUUCCUUACGCUGGCAUUGACCUUGCAGUUUAUGAGCUCUUGAAGAGCACAUGGCUAGAACACUAUGCAUCAAGCUCUGCGAACCCAGGGGUUUUUGUAUUGUUGGGAUGUGGUACCGUUUCCAGCACAUGUGGGCAGUUGGCCAGUUACCCUCUUGCUCUUAUCAGAACACGCAUGCAGGCACAAGCCUCAGUGGAAGGAGCUCCACAGCUAAACAUGGUCGGUCUCUUUCAAAGAAUUAUCGCUACAGAGGGAAUCCGAGGACUUUAUAGGGGCAUAGCUCCUAAUUUUAUGAAAGUGCUUCCAGCUGUCAGCAUCAGCUAUGUUGUAUAUGAAAAAAUGAAGCAGAAUUUGGGAAUAGCAUGAAGUGAAAGAAAAAGGUGAGAUGCUUCUAAUGUUGUUGGGAACAUCAGAACAAAAAUGAUUUCUUAAGUAAUCUGCUCUCACAAUUAGAGACAGAACUUUGUGGAGAUGCUGCAAUUUCUACUUUUGCCCUCAAGUGGGAAGAAAUUUUCUUAAAUUCUAGUUCACCAUUUGUAAACAGAUACCUAUAUUGCACUUUAAAAUGUCACUGCGUUUCAAGAAAAUUCAAGAGACUAUCUUUAAAUCAUCAAUAU